AUGUUAUCUGAUUUAUUAGGUGGAGACAGAACUAUUACUGUGAGAAACUGUCUAUUCCAAUAUUAUUUAUUUGGCUCUUGUGUGGGUGUAGAAACAUUUCUUCUUGCAGCAAUGUCCUAUGACCGUUAUUUGGCAAUAUGUAGACCUUUAUUCUAUACUUCUCUAAUGAAUAAGGAAGUUUGCUUCCAACUUAUAGUUGUAGCAUGGAUAAAUGGUUUUAUGGCUAAUAGCAUUAUUGUCUUUCUAAUAGCUCAUUUUUCAUUCUGUGGACCUAAUGUGAUAGAUCAUUAUUUUUGUGAUUUAAAUCCUCUGAAAAAACUGUCUUGCAGUGAUCCUAGCUUAUUUGAACUCAUUGUUCUUCUCUUGAGUUUCAUUUUUACUAUUGCUCCAUUUUUCUUGACCUUCAGUUCUUACAUUUGUAUCAUAGGCAGUAUCCUAAAAAUCCAAUCUAUUAUUGGAAGGCAAAAAGCUUUUUCAACCUGCUCCUCUCAUCUCAUGGUGGUUUGUCUUUUUUACAGCACUUUAAUCAUUGUCUAUAUAUUGCCAGACACCCCAACUCUGAGGCACCUCAAUAAAAUCUUUUCAAUUUUUUAUACUAUCCUGACUCCUUUGGCCAAUCCCCUCAUCUAUACUUUAAGAAAUAAAGAAGUUCACCAGGCUUUAAGAAGAACUGUUGAUAAGUUGAGAACUUUUUUUGAAGGCUUUUAG